CAUGCGUUAAGGGCUAGGUGGCCAUUUUGGAUUCUGUCGUUCGACGACAACCACGAAAACUCUGAAAUAUGAAAAUGCAAGAGAUUUAACAAAAAAUUCUAAAACACAACCAGGAGGGAGGUUGUGUUGGAAUGGCUGAAGAAAUUGUCAUUUUUGCAAAGUUUCUGUAAAGUUUAAGUGACUUGGGUACUUUCACAAAAUUUCAAAAUGAGCAGCUCGGCUACUUCUGAAAGUUGUGAGACACCAGGUUUAAAUGCUAGCGCUAUAAAUGGACAGUAUUUGAUGGAGAAAAACCAAAUGAAUGGCCAGAAUAAUUUGGCUAUUGGUCACAGUGACCAAAAAGCGAUUAAGGAGGCUCCCCCUCCAAGAAAGGAAGACUACUCUAGUGACAUGGGCAUUUUUAACAGCAAAAAUGGGCCAACGUUUGAUGGCACACCUAUAAAUCUACUGGAUGAGAGAUCCUUUGUAAUGAAUGAUAAGAUGAAAAACUCACUCAGGGAUUUUAUGAACAAAAUGUCUGAAAAUACUCCAACCCUUGGAAAUCUCUUAGCCAAAACAAAAUACACUGGGUUAAAUUCCAAGGACACCAGAAGUGUGAUUAAUAUGAAUGCGACCCCGUCCCCCACCACCUCCACCACCACCACCACCCCCACUGUGUCAGGUGGAGCCAAGGCGGCAUCCUUAGGAAACUUGUUUGACAAAAUGCAAGAAAUGCAAAACUCUACAACUUCUGAUGAGAAAACCACAGAGAAAAAUAAUAAAGGCAAUGCAGCAGCAAGUGUAGAAUCAGUGACCAAUAAAAACUGUAAUGAAGUGAUUGAGCUUGAUGACAGUAUAGAAGACAAAGAAAUAGAAAAAAACAACUGUGAUUUAUCUGUGCAAUCAAAUGAUCUCAAAGACAAAUGUAACCAGAAGAAAUCUGAAGAUGAACUCCUAGAAAUAAGUUCUGAUUCAGAUAAUGAAGUCAAGCAAAAACUUCAGAAAGAGGAGAGGAAGGAAAAUGACAUGAAACCAGAGGAGGAGGACAAGUUGUUGGCAUCAGAUGAGGAUGAUACUCGACAAUCAGGGGUAUCUACAGCCAGUCACCACUCUCAGGAAACCAUCGCUAAAUGUGAGGAUUCUCAGGAAUCAAUGAAUAAAUGUGAGGACUCGCAAGAAUCUAUUGGUAAAUUUGAGGACUCUGGAGAAUCCAUCAGUAAAUUUGAGGACUCUCCAGAAUCCACCAGUAAAUUUGAGGACUCACGAGAAUCCACCAGUAAAUUUGAGGAUUCACGGGAAUCCACUAGUAAAUGUGAGGAUUCGCGGGAUUCUGCAGACUGUGAAAAAGGGUCUGACAGUAACAAUGGAAAAGACAAUGAAAGUGCAUCAGAAAAAAUGGAAGUUGAUGAAGAGGAAGAAGAAAGUGAUAGUGAAAGUGUAAAAAAUGAGGAUUCGGAUAGCAAAUCAUCUGAAGACAGCAAGAAAUCAGACUCUGGGGACAAAAAGGUAGAAAAGGGUAUAAAUGAAAAGAAAAGACCAGCAAACUUUGAAGAUGCACUUGCCUUCGGACCAAAGCGUACCCGAUUGGACAUGGUAAUAGGAAAGCUAGGAUCCCAAAUUGGAAUAUCUCCUGAGAGUUUGAAAGACGAGGAAAUGUCUGACACCGAUACAGCAACUGAAUCCACACCAACACCUACUGAGGACACUGAGGAUGAAGAUGAGGAAAACAGUUUACAACGAAAGAAAAAGAAACCUCCAGUUAGGCUGUCCGAAAAGGCAUUAGAUAAGAUGGUAAAAACCAAAGUCCUCAACCAUCUGAAGACUCAGAAAGAUGGCAUCGUAGCAGAACUUCAGCAGAAAGUGGAGGAGCUGCAAGCGUCCAAUGACGGCUGGAAGCAGAGGGUGAAGGAGCUGGAGAAACAGAUCCUAGAGGUCACAGUCCUACAGCAGAAGCACGAGAAACGCAAAGCCAAAACCGCGGCUCUAAGGCAAAUCACCACAAAGAAUGUUGGGGUACAAGUGGAUUCUCAAAGGGCAGCUGCAGCCAUAGGUCAGUUACAGCAGCAGCAGGUACAGCAGACUACACCAGUGAAGUCUCCCACCCCCAGGCCAGCCAGCAGAACCCCCACCACCACUGUCCAGACCCCACCCACCACUAAACAGGGCCCAGUUCUCAACAUCACUAAGAGCACCUCGGCCUCGCCUCAGCUGGUGCCACCAAGGUCCACCCUCAACCCAGUCCCAAACAUUCCAAUUCUUAAAACUCAGACCACUGCACAAUCUCAGACAGGGUACGUCAGUCAAACGGCCCCUGUUGUUGCUUUGGCAACAUCCCCAUCAAAUACUGCAGAUAACAGCAAGGGACCAUUUCCAUCCAACCAGACUGUCAAAAGUAUUUUGGAUAACAGUCGCGGUCAGAUUGCACAGCCUACAGGCAAUUCUCGGGUCAGACCAGUACGAGCAAUGACUCCAGCAACACAGAUCAAUACCAUUAUAUCGCCUCCCACAAUUCCCAAUCAGAUGACGUCAUUUAUAGUGGUACCUACCCCAGCUCCAAUACCCAACACCAAACAAAAUGUUUCAGUUGUCACAACACCAGUGGUGAACCAACCCAUUCAACAAGCUCAACAAUCACAGCAGGUGCAAACAAAGUCAGUCAAAGUCAUUGAUCUUACUAUGGAAGAGGAGGCGAACAGAAACCUGGCUAACAGGGGAGUGGCUUUAUCCAUGUCUCAGAACCAAGUGCUUGUUCCAACAGGACAAGGACUGCCUCAGGGUCUCAUCCUUGGAAAUCCAGCAACAUCGAUUCUAAGGAACGGUCAGCAACCCGCUUACCAGAUAGUUUUUAGCUCCACCAGUCAACCCGUGCGUCUAACGUACGCGGCCCCCAUUCCCAACACCAGUAUGAGACCUGCAGUGGCUGGGACCACUGUUGUUGCAUCUACCUCUCAAACUAUAGCAGCUAUGCCUCAGCUGAGACCUGGCCAAGCUGCCGGUUCUCCAGCUAACCCCAGGCAACCACUGCCUGUAACAUCAGCUCAGCAAAGACCACCUCCUCCCCUGCAGUAUGGGGCUCAGGGUGCCAAUAGAGUAGCAAACACAUCCCUGACGACUGUAGCACCCCCUCCACUCGCCCCUCAACACCCUGCUCCCUUGCCCUCCAUUACCUCAGCAGUGGCACCAGGUCAGAAACCAUUACCUCCAAAGCCCAGUUUGAAGAUCUCCAGAGUGAGCCAGGGUAUUGUGCUGUCAUGGAAUAUGACUCUGAAUGAGACACCCCAUGCUGACAUAGCAUCAUAUCAACUUUUUGCAUAUCAAGAGGGCACUUCAACACCCAGUACAACUCUAUGGAAAAAGGUGGGGGAUGUGAAGGCGUUGCCUCUACCCAUGGCCUGUACUUUGACACAGUUUCAGGAGGGGAACAAGUACCACUUUGCUGUCCGCCCCGUGGAUGCACUGGGGCGUAACGAAAUUGCAGCCGUUUUCAAUGCUAGACCGUUGACCUGGACUGAGGCUAGUUCGAACUGCUCACUACUUGGACCAAACAUUCAAACUGAGCUGACAACUGCCAAAAUUUCUACCCAGGGAGUCCACGUGAAGGGGUGGAUUGGCGCAUACAAAGGGAGUACGGCGUGGCUAAAUAUUAAAGGAUGCUACAGGGUCAAUACAAGUGAUCUUUUCUCGGUCAGAAGAUCCCAGCUCCACAGCAAGUACCAGAUAGGGAGGUGUACAGAAGACUGUACUAACAGCACCAUCUACGGACUCUCGGAGGGUUUGUGCUUCUGUUUUACAUCUUUUCCCGCGCUUCUGUCAAAGUGUACAGCCAGACUGUGCAAUGGUUCAACAAGCGAUUUCUGUGGGGGACCAGUGAACAUUGGAUCCCAAUCAACCACAGACAUCAUGUUCUACACUCAAAACACUCAGAUAUCAUUACAAGAAUUUGGAGACGCUCAAUGUAUUCUGGGCCGACAGGGAAGUGGUGAAAACCUGGGGACGGCGUACACCUACCAGACCUCGCGGUGUCAGGAUCUCGUGGCCAGCUUCGUCUGCCUCUCAGGUACAUACGUGGAGGUCCUGUACACCGUGUCGAGCCGCGUGAACUGGACGGAGGCCGUGCUGUCCUGUAGUAAACCCGGCUACACCAUUGCUGACACCUACUCCUUCAAUAAAUUCCUAGAGGAAGAACGCCUGAUCCUAUUUUGGGUAGGAAUAUUCAGGAGGGAAUUCAUAAAAAUAGACACAGCGAUCCCUUACAAUCCCCACAUAAGCACCCUGUGCACCGCUGCCAGCGUUCUACUAGAUGGAACCCUUCAGCUUUCAUAUGAAAACUGUACUCAGAAGUUACCUUCAUGGUGUGAAGUUUCCAAAAACCCAAUCACCACAAGACCCCACAAACCCGGAAGAGGCAAUCUCAUCACCAUUUUCAUUUCACUGGCAUUGCUUGGCACAAUAGCUGUGAUUGUUAUAGCUACGAUAUUUUUUCUCAGGAAACGAAUAGCAAGAGAAGUUCGCAAGGCCUGGAUUCACUCAAAAAAUUACAGCGCGCACAAAAACAGCCUCACUGGAAGUAUAGGUCACACCAAAACCCCAACAGACGCACCUCAGCAAAAUAAUGAUGAAUAUGACCACACUGGUUUAUCACCAAAUACGACGGACAGAGGACCGGGUUAUGCCUCUGUACACCUCGGCAAUUCUGGUCAGGAUCCAUCGUCCUCGCGGAUUAACUCGACAUACGAUCAUCUCAGCCGACAGUCUCCCCAGACACACGCUCCAAGUAUCUACGAUCACUCCAGUUACAAACAGAACAUUGUUCAAACUGAUGACGUCAUUCAAACAGCAGACGAUUAUGACCAUAUAGACAGACGCGUUCAAAAAACAAAAGACAGCUUACUCGCUGAGAUGAGAUCCCAGCUCUGCCAGUGUUUUCUCGUGCUCCUCACAAGUUUUCUGUACUUCUUUAUGACGUUGUUCCAGUGUGGCGUAGUCCUGAAAGAAUGCAUGGCCAUUGGAAUGAAGGUUUCGCCAUGCACACAAGUGAUAGUGAUGGUUUUAACACUUGGAUUGCUGUGUGAAGUCCAUGCCCAAAACUACCACUUCAGCAAUGGAUGGCAGCCUGGCAAGAGAAGCUACCGAGGGUGUACUGUACGGCCAGAAAUACGCUCCAUUUUAUUCAAAAUCAUAGAGGAUGAAGUUGAAAGAAUACAAAAAUGUUCACAUUCUAACAUUGAAGAUGUUUUCUCAUUAAUACAGGAAAAAACUGGUGUGGAUGCCCGUGAAGUGUAAUUAGAGAAGAUGACAUUAGCUCUGCAGGACAGAUGGACAGACAAUGAAUGAGUUUAGUGUGAUGCAGAAUAUUUCAAUAAAUUUUUAUUUCUCUCAAUACAA